CACCCACCGACUCACCAAACCAAGUCUGCAAUGGCGCCCGCAACCACGAACCCGAUCCCGAUCGACGACGCCGACAUCGAGAUGGAUGAUAAAGAGCGGAUUGCGGAGGAGAACAUUGUUAGCGAGAAGAUCAUAAACGAGGAGUACAAAAUCUGGAAGAAAAACUCGCCGUUCUUGUAUGAUCUGGUGAUCUCCUCGGCGCUCGAGUGGCCCACGCUGACGACGCAAUGGUUCCCCGACAAAGAGACACACCCGGGGAAGAAUUAUACGACUCAUAGGUUACUCCUGGGAACACAUACGUCGGGAUAUGAUCAGAAUUAUCUGCAGAUUGCACAUGUGAAUCUUCCGAAUAUGGAUGAGCCACUUGAUCUACGGCAGUACGAUGAAGAGAAAGAAGAAAUCGGGGGACACGCACAGUCAGAGUCGCGGCUCACGAUCCACCAACGGAUCGUGCACGAAGGCGAAGUCAACCGCGCGCGCUACAUGCCGCAGAACCCCGACAUCAUCGCGACGAUGAGCGUGUCCGGCGACGUGCUCGUGUUUGACCGCACGAAGCACCCGCUGCAGCCGACGGGCGCGUGCCGGCCGGAGGUGCGGCUGGUGGGCCACACAAAGGAAGGCUACGGGUUGUCGUGGAACUCGCACAAGCAGGGCGAGUUGCUGACGGGGUCGGAGGACACGACGGUUGCGUUGUGGGAUAUUAAUAACUACAGUAAGGCGAACGCGCGGUUGUCGCCGACGAAGCAGUUCACGACGCACACGGCGAUUGUGAAUGAUGUGUCGUGGCACGCGCACCACGACAGUUUGUUUGGCUCGGUGUCGGAUGAUUUGACGCUGCAGAUCCACGACACGCGGUCGACUGCGGCGACGCCGGUGCAGAAGGUGCAGGCGCACGCGGAGGCGGUGAACGCGAUCGCGUUCAACCCUGCGUCGGAGUACAUUCUCGCGACCGCGUCGGCGGACAAGACGGUUGCGCUGUGGGAUCUGCGGAAACUGUCAAUCUGCCUGCACUCGCUGCAGGGCCACAACGACGACGUGACGUGCCUGCAGUGGUCGCCGCACGAGGAGACGAUUCUGGCGAGCGCGAGCCACGACCGCCGGGUGAUUGUGUGGGACGUGAGUCGGAUCGGGCAGGAGCAGACGCCGGAGGACGCGGAGGACGGGCCGCCAGAGCUGCUGUUUAUCCACGGCGGACACACGAACCGGAUCAGCGACUUUUCGUGGAGCCCGACGAUGCCGUGGGUGAUGGCGAGCGCGGCGGAGGAUAAUUUGCUGCAGGUGUGGAAGGCUGCGGAUUCGAUUGUGGCGGUGGAUGAGAAGGAUGUGAGCGCGGCGGAGCUGGAGUAGUGUAUAGUAGACGCAGAUUAAUGUAUUUCUGUUCUAUCUGUUCUGUAAACGUAUUGCCUGUUUGAGGCAGUAGGAGGGAGGUCGCGUUAAGGUUUGGGUUGGCAAUUACCUUACAUUUACGGCCAGCGGCAAUCAGCCAAGUUACUCUACACUACACUCCAACUACACUAC